AUGUUUCAGAUUGUGAAACUGAGGCAGCAGCUCCAGCGCAGUAAACACAGCAGCCGUCACCAUCGCGACAAGGAACGCAAAUCUCCCUUCAAUGGCAACCAUGCUGCUUUCAGCCAGUCACAGGCUCCUAUUCCAAAGAGCGUCCUGAUCUCUAUUCCCAUCUCCAAGUCCUCCGUCUCUCGUUUCCGGAACAGUGUGGAAGGGCUGAAUCAGGAGAUCGAGCGCAUCAUUGUCCGAGACACAGGAGACAGAGAGGAGCAGCUUAUUCCUCAGGAGGCUCCGGAUGGGCAUCGGGCUCCUCCUCCUCUCUGCCAACGCAGCGCCAGCUCCCGCAGCAUUGACACACAGACGCCCCUGGGCACCGCAGCGGGCAGUAUCCACAGCAACAGCAGCAGCCGCUCUCAGUCCAUCUCACCCACGUUCCUGAACGUGCCAAGUGAGCCCUGCAGCGACAGUCCAUCUCCCCACGAGGACGAGACUCUGGCUGACGGCCAUGAGAAAGAUCUGGCCCCCAGCUCACCCCUACCCAAAUAUGCCUCAUCCCCAAAGCCGAACAACAGCUACAUGUUCAAACGUGAGCCGCCCGAGGGCUGUGAGCGAGUCAAGGUCUUCACAGAGGAAACCCAGGCCAGGCCUCCACGGGAGAUCCCACAGUUCCUGUGCCCAGAUAGGAACAAGGUCAAUUUCAUCCCCAAGAGCGGCUCUGCGUUCUGCCUGGUCAGCAUUCCCAAACCGCUGAUGCCCACAGAGGAGCUCAACAACCUCAAGAACCAGAGCGCCGCCCAUCUCACGCCCGAACCCGAGCCGAGAGUCUCGCGAAGAACCUGCAUGCUUUCCCAGCAGCCCUCAGGCUCCUCCCCCUCCUCCUGUCUGUCAGAGAGUUAGACACGCCCCUCAACCAGCGUCCCAGCAACUGCGUCCGCAUACCCUGCACAUUUCAAUAAUCGAACAUGAUUAAAAAAAUAAUAAGUGACUCUUAGAGAACAAAGUGGUUAUUAAUAAUAGCUUUCGUUGGGUGCGAAGAUGAAACGGUUGCCUUUGCUAUGCACAUUUUUAGCUUUGUGCUUGUUCUCAAAGAACAAAGGCCAUUUUUGGG